ACCGCUCCCGGCAGCCCCCGCGCCGCCGCCGCCGCCGCUUCCCGCCGCGCUGAGAUGGCGGCCGCCCGGGAGCGCGCGGGGCGGACGGCGCCGCCGGGCUACGCGGCUCUGGCGGUGAAGUUCGGGGAGCGGCAGCGCUCGGCCCACUGCCUGUUGGUGAAGGAGCACCAGGUGCGGGACGGGGCCGGCACCGCGCACCCGCCUCGUCGCACUCUCUUCGUCCUCAACGUCCCCCCGUACUGCAGCCCGGAUGCUCUGUCUAGGCUCUUCUCCCGCUGCGGGCAUGUCCAGUCCGUGGAUAUCUGUGAGAAGCCAGGGCCAGGAGAGAAAAAGGAAAAACGCACGUCCAAAUUCUUCAGCUGCAAACCUGCCACGGGAUUUCAAGUAGCCUAUGUGGUGUUUAAGAAACCAGCUGGUGUCCAAGCAGCAAAAGCCCUGUCGCAGGAAGGACCCUUGCUGAUAUCAACGGAGAGUCACCCUGUGAAAACUGGCAUUAGCAAGUGGAUCGCCAGCUAUGCGGCCUCGGUUGUGGAUCGGGAGGAGCUGAAGGCUGAGGUGGACACCUACAUGGAAGACUACGACAAAAAGAUGGCAGAGGAAGAAGCCAAAGCAGCCAAGGAGGAGGGCGUUCCAGAUGAGGAGGGCUGGGUGAAGGUGACGAGGAAGGGCCGAAAGCCCGGCCUGCCCCGCACGGAGGCUGCCAACCUGCGGGUGCUGGAGAGGGAGAAACAGAAAAGAGCUCGCAAAGAGCUGCUCAACUUCUAUGCCUGGCAGCAUCGCGAGACCAAGAGAGAGCACAUUGCCCAGUUGAGGAAGAAAUUUGAGGAGGACAAGCAGAGGAUUGCCCUGAUGCGAGCCCAGCGCAAGUUUCGGCCGUACUAAGCUGUAAGGAGCUGUUUCCUUGGAUGCCUGUCAUGGAGAAGGUGGGAGAGAUGCCUAUGGACUCCAUGUGCCAAAGGAUUUCAAACUGAGGCAGCUUCAGGUUGUCCCCACCCUUGGAUCUGGAACGGGAGAUCACAGCAACUGUUGCUGGAGAGGGUUUCCUUUGCUCUCACUGCUGUCUCUUGUUCUGCCAUCAUUUGUCUGGCCGUGUGGCACCACUUCCCAGGGUGCUCAGGUCUGAGGCACUUCCUGUGACAGCCUGUAUCUCCCUGCCACCCAAGGCCCUCUUAAAGCUUGGUGUGAGCUGGGAUUGAUCUAACACAGCCUCUACAGGGGCAAGGAACAGCUGAGGAACUGUAAAUAAACUGCUGCUAUGUUCUUAAAA